AUGGCUGAGGACCCCAACCCAGCAGGCUCUCCAGCCAGUGCCGAGUUUUCCCCUCAUCUCCAUGAUCUCACCAAUCUCAGCAGUACCAGUGAUCUCAGCAAUACCAGCAAUCUCAGUGACCUUGAUGAUCUCAGAAAAGGUCAGUUCAGUACCAUGCAUGUAGGGUACAACAGGGCAAAUGGGAACAGCAACAAGUAUCCAUUCCUGACAGCUUACCACCAGCAGAACAAGCCUGUGGUGGAAGAUUUCCUUAACUCUUCAGAGUUUCAAGCACUGAGGCUUGAACCCCUGAAGGCUGUAAGACCUAUGAGAGAGGCUAAGGGAGGUACUGCAGACAGGGGGAAUGUUGGCGCUGGAGGAGGGGUGGUGGAGAAGAAGGAGAAAAUUUUUAUCGAACCUAAUACUCAGGCCCAGGCUUGUGCAGAUAGCGGGCAUGAAAAGCCACAACGAGAUCAGGAGUGUGAUCAAGUUCCAAAGCUAAGAGUGAAGAGUAUUCCUCAUCAGUCCCCUCAUAACCUAACCAAUGCACGGUAUAGAUGA